UGUCUUCACUGCUUCCUUCCUUAACAAAAGCAGGUUAGCGUUUAUUGACUAAUUCACGUUUGUUCUUUCUUGCCUUUAAAGUUGCUCAGACAAAGUGUGCAAAACAGGAGGGUUAAACCUGUGAUUAUCUGCUGGAGUGGGAUUUUGAUUGUCACAGUGUUGACUUGCAAAUUCACGUGCACAAGGGACGAGAGCAGAGAGCAAGGCCAGAGUGCGUGUGCUGCUGAUGCGCUGCUGAAGGUAGGCCUGUUUAUUCCGAUGUGUUUCGAGACGUGGUGCGAAGGCUUGUGUCAACUUGAGGCAAAUAGGCCUGACAACCAUCACCACACGCAAAUAAACAGUUCUAUCUCCAUCUGUUUCAGAGAUGUUUUCUCUGUCAGUUUGUUGUGUCAGUGCUGGUGUGUGUGUGUGUGUGUGUGUGUGUGUGUGUGUGUGUGUGUGUGUGUGUGUGUGUGUGUGUGUGUGUGUGUGUGAGAGUGAAAAAUAAAGUGAAAAGACAGAAACUGCUGCAGCCUGCAAAUGUUUCCAUCCUUCCAUCAAGUGAUCAUUUUAGGCAGAGUCUUCUUGUGUUCUUUGGCUAGCAUAGAAACCCCGUAAAUUUAUUUGUCUUCUUCGUGUCAUGACCUUAGUAUGAAGAAUGAAUGAAUGCGAGACAGCAUCUUAUGAUAACAAAGUCACAAUAUACCAGCAAUUUAGCAGAAAAACAGAUACAAACAGAUGAUUCAACUGUGAGCUUGGUAUUUGUUUGAAUUCAAUACAGUACAUACCAGUGGAUGUUUAAUUAUACAUUUUAUUUAUGUAUAAUUGAUCAGAGAACAUAAAAUGGAUAAAGUGGUGGAAUCUGAGCAAGGUAAUCAGGGAGCUGUCCAAGGAGAAAGAAGAAAGAUCAUCCAGCCUUCAUCUUUAAAUGAUCCCAAACUAGUGAAGCUUAAAGAGGUGCUGGUGGAAUGGAUCAACAGUACUCUGAAGUCAGAGCACAUUGUGGUCCAGACUCUGGAGGAAGACAUCUAUGAUGGACUUGUGAUUCAUCACCUACUAGACAGUUUAGGAGGAGUGUAUUUAGGGGUAGAGGAGAUCGCUGUAACCAGUGCUGCCCAGAUGUGCAAACUGGAGUUGAUUAUGCAGGCCCUCAACCAGGAGCUAGGGCUUGGUGCCGAAGCAGACAGUACAGCUAGAUGGAGUGCCAAACUCAUCCACAGUCGAGACCUGCUGGCGACUCUGCAUCUGCUGGUGGCCAUGGUGAAGCACUACCAGCCUGAACUGGCCCUUCCCCAAAAUGUCAGCGUGGAAGUCCUCCUGUUUGAGGUAAACAAAGAUGGCAUCAAAUCUGACAAGCAGAUAGAAUACAUCACUCAACAAAGUGAGGAUACAGAAGGAUGUAAAAAAGACGACCCCAUAGAUGAGCUGCUCAAGCUCGAUGAACACAAAAUUGCCACAGUCCAAAAGGCCCUCUUGCACUUCAUCAAUAAGAACAUGUCGCCAUUAAGGUUGCAAGUGUCUGACAUCGAGAAACAGUUUGCAGAUGGUGUGAUUCUGCUUUUGCUGAUUGGUGAGUUGGAGGGCUUCUUCAUUCCACUCUACGAGUUCUACCUCUCUCCUGCCUGCCACUCAGAGAUGCUUCAUAAUGUCACCCUGGCUUUGGAUCUACUUAAUGACAGGGAAAUACAAGUACAGAAUGUUGAUCCAGAAGAUAUUGUGUCCCAAGAUUUGCCGGCUACACUGAAAGUACUGUAUGCCUUGUUCAGGAAACACAAAUACAAAUAAUCCCCUGCAAGCCACAUCUACAGCCUCUGAUGAAAAUGACUGUAAAGGUCAUGGGAUAAGCUUUUAAUCCACCUGGAGUACAAUGUUGUAACUAAUAUACAUUACGAAAUUGUGACAGCAGUUUUAAUAAAAGUGAGUGAACACUGGAUUGCUCAGCACAUCACGCAGAUAGUGACAGCAUGGUGACCCCCUCCGUUUCUGUCUCCCUUAUCUUCCCACACGCUCUCUAAUUGAAUGGUCACCCUUGAGCUUCUCGCUCGUCCUUAAAGACAGAAUGCAUUAUGGUGUCCCUCUUGCUCUGAAAUAAAUACCUUUCCAUUAAAAGCUUGACAUGUGUCCUCCAUUCAGUCUGUUUUUGUCAAGAGCUUUGUUGUAAAAACCCUUGUUGCUACCAGCUUAAAACUUACUUGAAUUACC